CACACGACUCUCUCCCCAACCCACAAUAUCCGCAUUCAACUCCCGAUGACAAAAAAACUGCGUAAAACUCUUUGAAACCGCCGGUUUAUGCCCUCCUUUCACGAAUGUUGCGGAUCUAAUGCCCCGCUAGGAUUUUUCACGAAUUCUACAUGCAUAUAUUUCCACAAUCGUCAAUUCCAAAUCUCCAUUUCAAAAAUGUCUCCAAAUUGGAUCCCUCUCAACAGGUGCCAGGCAUCCAGACAUGAAACUUAGACUUCUGCGUCAUUAUGAUCUCAAAACAACAUUUUAAGGGCACGAAGCUAUUUUCAAGAUCGCCAGGGUGAGAAAAUGUCUUGCACACUGGGGUUCAUAUGUUGAACAGAUGCUGGAUUUCCUCAAAAAACAACUGCUUCAUUUAGUUGUUGCUAUUUUGAAAGGAAACAGUAUUAUAAGAAGGGCCGUGUCUGGUCACUAUGUAAGAUUCAUGGGUUUGAACAACUUGGUUCUUGGUGUUAUACAUCCGGUAUAAAGUGUUCUAGGAAGCUAACACCUACUAAUGGGAGUAAUUAUUGUGCUGCUUGUGACCUGUCUGGCUUUGUUUUGAGAAACUAAACCAGGUACUGCUAAAGAGUCAGGGUAGUAGACGAUACAGGAAACCUUGCGUUGAUGUUGUGGGAUAAACAUUGCAUACCACUCUUUGGAAAACAAGCUGAAUCAUUUUUAAAGGAUAUUGGUGAUGAUAUUAAAAUCCCAAAGGUGUUCAGCUCCAUUGAUCAGCCACUGUUGUUUGAGAUUGAAGUUAAAAAGUCAGCAUCAAGUUUUUAUGAAAAGGACUUAACUGUCCACCAGAUCAUUACCGACAAGAGAAUAGUGGCCCGGUUUACAUUUGACAUCUCUACCACACAGGACUCUGUAAAGAGUAAACCGCUCCAGCCCAUUGUUGAGCCAAUUGAUGAUGUGUCAUCAUGUAAGGGUUCCAUUAAAGAUGAUGAUCUUAAGAACCAUGAAACUGAUAUAUGCUCCAUUACUCCAGACAUUAAAAUGAAGAAAGAUCUCAACAAGGAAUUUGAAGACAUGGAUGCUCAUUUGAAAAAAAGAAACCAAAAGUGGGUGUGAAGAUUGAAAAAGUUUAAUUUGAAUCAAGUUUAUUAAAAUUGCACAUAUUUAGGCACUGUUCUUGUCUUAUUAAGACAACUCCUAAAGUGUUUUGUUUUAGCGUGGUCUAUUUCCAUAUGUUUUAUUUCUACUGGCUCAUAGCAUGAUAAUUUAAAACAAAAUAAAGGAAAUAGUCAACUUAGGAGCCAGUAGAAAUAAAACAUAGGGAAAUAGGCCACGCUAAAACAAAAACACUUUAGGAGUUGUCUUAAUAAAAAAAGAAAAGUGUCUAAAUCUGUGCAACUUUAAUAAACUUGAUUCAAGCCUUUUCAAUCUUGAUACUCACUUUUGGUUUCUUUUUUUCAAAUGAGCAUCCAUGUCUUCAAAUUCUUUGUUGAGAUCUCGCUUCAUUUUAAUGUCUGGAGUAAUGGAGCAUAUAUCAGUUUCAUGGUUCUUAAGAUAAUCAUCUUUUGGUUUCUUUUUUUCAAAUUAGCCUGUUUUAAAGAACUUCCUGUAUCAAACAUGUAUACAUAAGUUUUACUUA